AUGGUGCAGGACCCGCGGGGUCUGGUGGCCGGGCUGCUGCUGCGGGCGGGGCCGGCGGGCGGUAUCGUGUGCCUCUGCUCCCGAGCCUUCGUCGAGGAUCGGAAGUUAUAUAAGCUGGGGUUAAAAGGAUUUUAUGUCAAAGAUGACAAUGACUGUACAGGGGAAGAACAAGCAUCUGAGGAGGAAAACCGUUGUCCCAAUGUGGCGUUCAAGGUGGACAGUAAUCAUGCUCUGGACCUGGAAGAAGUUGAGCUAGACUCAGAGGCUGAGCUUAUGAAGAGUAUGGGAUUGCCUCUUCACUUUGGUGGACAGUCAGCUCACAGGGACUUUGUGGCAACAGAAAAAUAUAGAAAGAGAAGUAACAUGAAGAUUAUGAAAAAGAAAAAGAAGAAAAAGGAAUUACAGCAAAAACACAAGGAUAAAAUGGGGCAGGAAUGCCAGGAUCAAGCUAAUGGUGAUCACAAGCAGUCCAUCUCUGAUGACCCAGCCCUAGCUACAGAGCAAAGUGGGAAGAGCAGCAAAACUGAAAUUGUAAGUGAAGGGAACUGUGGAAGUUCAGAAACUCUUGCUAAUGAGGCCUUACCCAGUGAACUUAAAGACAAAUGGGAGAAGUACUGGAGCGAGUACGGAGAGGGCCUUCUUUGGCAAAGCUGGCUGGAGAAGCAUAAAGAGGCCUCAUUACCUGAGGCCACAACAGCCUCUGAGCCUUGGAAUAGUCCAGACACCAAGGAGGAGUGGGAGCAGCAUUACAGCGAACUGUACUGGUAUUACUGGGAACAGUUUCAGUACUGGACAAGUCAAGGAUGGACUACAGAGAGCUCACACAAUGACAGCAUGGAAGUUCACGGGGUAACGCAGGAGGCAGAUCUGUCAGGAAAAAAGGACCUUGUUAGCCUGGAGGCUGAACGCAGUGAAGUGCUGAGCUUGGAGCUGUCUCCCUCUCACACCAGAAGUGAGGAAACACUCACUUCAAGUGCUGAGCCCCAUAAUGAGAUAAUCUCUGGGAUCUGUAAUUUAAAUCUAAAUUUGGACAAAGUAGAGCAGAGCAGUGCACCUCUAGCAGUAACCCACAAAGACCCUCAAGAGCACGGUUCCUCUAACAGUGAAUGCCAGUGUCUUUGUGCUUCAAGCCAGAAAGAGCCCUGUGAUGGAGGAACCAGGAAAAGGAGUGCAUCUUGUGAAAAUAGAAGUAUUAACCAGUCAGGUUCACAGGGGUCGUGUAACUCAUGUAGUUCAAAUGACAAAGAACAGUUGCUGCUUCGUGACACAAAUGAAGAUGAAGAAGAAGAAGAGCCUCCUGAAAACAGAGUUGCCAAAGUUAAGAGAACCCAUGAACUGGACGUGGAUGAGAAUCCGGUGGAAGAUCCUGAGGAAACCUGUUCUAUUUUGGGUUUCAAGUGUGGCACAGGACAAAAGUAUGAUGGAAUUCCAGAUUUUACCCACCGAAGUGUGCAGUACUUGGAGAAAAAAGCAAAACUCAAGUCCAAAUUUUUGGACAUGCGUAAACCAAGGAAGAGUAAGAACACACACAUCUUCUUUACAGAAGAACCUGAAACGUCUUCCCAAAAAAAUAAAACUCUGAAGAAGGUGGAAGAGUUCUUGAAGCAGGUUAACAAACCUGUUGAGGAAGCCGCGUCCCAGAAGGCCUCUCCUCAGGAUAAAGUGGAGGGGUCGUCCACAAGCAGCGACUCGGAGGAUCAGGAAAGCGUUACCGCCACACGGAGCGUGAGAUUCAACAUUCAAAACCCUGAGCCCCUGCCUUCCAGCGUGGGUGGUGGUGAGCCUGGGACAAGUAAGCCUGAAGAGGAAGCGAUGGUCACAACAGCAAACGGUGCAGAUUGCCAGGGCACGGGGAAGCUGGAGUGUGGCUCUGGAAGGGAGCUUGUCCCUCUGGACAUACCAGAUUAUCUCCGGGAAGAAACAGAGGAUUUGAGCCCAGUUGUAGAUGAAAAAGGUACUGCAAAGAAGAAGGAGAAAAGAAGGAAAAGAAAGAAUAAAAUUGCGUUGGGAUCUAUACCUGCUGAGAUUGCUGCAGAUCCUGAGCUAGUCAAGUACUGGGCACAACGUUACAGACUGUUCUCUCGGUUUGAUGAGGGGAUUAAACUAGACAGAGAGGGCUGGUUUUCGGUUACUCCUGAGAAGAUUGCUGAGCAUAUUGCAGUCCGUGUUGCCCAGGCGUUCAACUGUGAUACGAUAGUGGAUGCGUUCUGUGGGGUUGGAGGAAAUGCUAUUCAGUUUGCUUUGACCUCGAAAAGAGUGAUCGCUAUUGAUAUUGAUCCUGAGAAACUCAGCCUUGCACGCAGCAAUGCCGAGGUGUAUGGUGUGGCCGACAAGAUCGAAUUUGUGUGCGGAGACUUCAUGGUGCUGGCUGCUGACCUGAAAGCUGAUGUUGUGUUCCUCAGCCCUCCCUGGGGCGGGCCUGACUAUGCCACCGCUGAAAUCUUCGAUAUCCAAACGAUGAUCUGCCCAGAUGGAUUUGAAAUUUUCAGGCUCUCCAAGAAGAUCACCAACAACAUUGUGUAUUUUCUACCUCGCAACGCUGACAUUAACCAGAUUGCUUCUUUGGCGGGGCCAGGAGGGAAAGUUGAAGUAGAACAAAAUUUUCUCAAUAACAAACUGAAGACAAUAACAGCUUAUUUUGGUGAUCUAAUAAGGCAUGACCUCACCUGAAUUCAGCAUGGAUUCUUCCAAACCUUACCUCCUUGUUUACUUCUUUGCAUAAGCUUUUGUACAGCUGGCUUGUUCAAAAUGACUUGAGCCAUUUUCUGCUUUAAUUUCUAUUCACAAAAAAAGAAUGUUUUGUUUAAUGCUACUGUCAAUAAAUGUUUUAUAACAGUUUUGACAAAAUUCUAAGAA